AUGUCAAAUCCACAAUCAUCAGCACAACGACGCCAAAGAGAACAACAAGAACAAUCUACUUCGCAGAAAGCAAACACAUACUUUCUCAAACAACGAGAUCUUUUAAUCCAAGAAAUAUCAAACAAUUUAUCCACAGUUGUAUACAAUCUCGAUAAUCUCAAUAGAUCUCUUAAUGAUUCCGUACAAGUAGGCAAAGAAUUUGAUGACGUAGGUAAGACCUGGAAGAUCCUUUAUGAUGGUGUUGAGGAAAUGAAACAGAUGAAAGCACAGCUGGCUGAUUUUACUGCUGAAGUGAUUGGAAGUAGUAGUCAACAGAAACAACGGGAAGAGGAAGAACAACGACAAUCAACGCCGGAACGAGAUUUGCAAGAACGUCGUGUGGAACCUUCCUCAGAGUUCUCUCCGGUACCUAUUCCACCUCGACAAAGGAAUUAA